AUGGCCAUCUCGAGAUCGCGCAAGACAUGGACCCCUACUCCUUCUCCCUCACCGACUCGUUCCUCUGCUUCGGAAAGUGAGCGAGCACCGCCAGCUCAGACUCGGAGCACCACCACUGCCUCGUCAUCGUCAUCCACCUCAGAGCUCAUCCAGACGAAGCGCAUUCGACCAUCCCAAGUCAAGCCCCCACCUGGAUUAGAGCCCUUGAUUAAGCUUUCUCCCGAAGAUCUGGCCGAUAUCGUGGAAUGGAAGGACGUCGACGACGAGCAACUCGAGGACAACGUCGACGAAUCGGACGCCGACGCCGAGCGAUCACACGGCCGAGGUAUCAAGGUCCGCCAUUUUCGGUCCGAGCUUGACGACGCUGACCUUGAAGAAGGAUCAGACCCACCAGCACUGUGGGAGCACUUGGUCGACGCCUUGUUGUGGACGAUUCCCUUUACUUUCCUCUUUGUCGGCAUGCAAGUUUUCGUUUAUCAUUUCUGCUCGCUCGGGUUCGAAAAAGGGCGAUGCGUUCGCUCCGAAGCUGACAAGACCGUUACUGUAUCCAUUUGCAGGGACUAUGCUGUUCACGCACAAUACGGACAAGACCUACCGAGAUCACUCAUUGUCUCUCACCUCUCCUCACUUCUGCCGAGUGAGACCGAAAACCCUGCUCCAGCGCGCGUUACCUUCACUGACAGCCCCACCGUCCCUCGCAGCGAUGUACAUUCUCAAUCUGAUAUCCCCCACCACCAUCACUGCGAACCACUCUACACCCUCCACCACCUCAGCACCAACCAGCCUCCCGACCCUCCCUCCUCGAAUCCAACAACCCCUCCUGCUCCUCCUCUGUGCCGCAACAGGCAUCCAUCUCGUCCACCUCACCUCGACGCAAUCCUAUCUCCAAGUGAUGGCCUCCGCCCCCGCUUUCGGUACUUUGUGGGUCUGGUCCGUCGUCAAAAUGGAUCUAGGCUGGGCCGUGGUCGGUUUGUUACUUGUGGGUGUGGGCGUAGGCGCUCGGGGAGAAUUGGCUAGAGUCAAGUGGUGGUGGAAUUGA